UCCUAGGAAAAUCUUGGUUUCUUCACUUCGGAUUCCAAGUAAAGUGAUGCCACCAUGCCUCUGCCAAUGACAGAUGAAUAUUCAGAUGUCCAGGUUUACUUCACAGCCAAUGAAUGGGCAGAUAUCAGCGAUUACGAAAGGAUUUGUAUCCAGAAUGUCAAGGAAAACUAUGAGAUGAUGAUACAAGUUGGGGUACAGGUCAACCCACCAAUGUUCAUGCAGCGUCAGCAAGGAAUUCAUAAACAGAUAAUUGAGGAAAGUGACGAUAAGGGGACAGAGACAAAAGGGUCUUCUGACGUUCAUAAUCAACAGGGAAAUACAUGUCAUGCAGAGAAGAAUGAGUUACAUAAAGAGAAUUUGAAUACAUUUACUAUAAAAUUAGAGACUGAGUAUGAUGAUGAUGGCAAUCUGCUAGGUGAGGCUUAUCACAAUGCGGAAGGGAAAAUUACUGAUCUGGAAUGGAAGAACUAUGAUGAAAUUACCCAGACACAAACCAAUCCAAUAUUAUCACGUGAUCAGAGGACCAAGUCAGGUGAUCUCAUCUCUCCAUCGUGUGACCAGAAGGCAAAAAUAGGUGAGGCUAAUCACAAUGCAGAAGGGAAAAUCAAUGAUCUGGAAUGGAAGAACUAUGAUGAAAUUACCCAGACACAAACCAAUCCAAUAUCAUCAGGUGAUCAGAGGACCAAGUCAGGUGAUCUCAUCAUUCUGUCAUGUGAUCAGAAGGCAGAAGAAGCUUCAGGAGGUAGCAAGACUCUAACCCAAUUCCAAUCCAUAAUUGAAAAGGAUUGUGAAAUCUACAGAUGCGGGUAUUGUGGAUCAGUCUAUGCUAUUCCUCUCAUCUUAGCAAGGCAUCUCAAGUACAAACAUGGGCUUAAUGGUGUUGUCUUGCCAUCAUAUGCGUCAAAGGAAAGCAUUUUAAAGUUUGUUGAAGGAGAAAUGCAAAAAUCCAUGUGUGAAAUUAAUGAUUCUAUGCAUGGUGAAAAGAUAAUUUUGAAAACAGGAAAUAUGGAAAAUAUGAUACUUGAAAAGAAACCUUAUGUAUGUAAUCAGUGUGGUAAGGCGUUUAUUACUGUAAAUCAUCUAACAACACAUACACGAAUCCAUACAGGUGAAAAGCCCUUUGCAUGUGAUCAAUGUGGUAAGGCAUUUUAUAAAAAAUCCAAUCUCACAGUACACAAACGUAUCCAUACAGGUGAGAAGCCCCAUCGAUGUGAUCAAUGUGGUAAGGCAUUUAAUCAUAAAUCUCAUCUUAAAACACAUAAACGCAUCCAUACGGGUAAAAAGCCCUAUCUAUGUGAUCAAUGUGGAAAGGCGUUUAAUGAAAUAUCCAAUCUCAUAACACAUAAACGAAUCCAUACAGGUGAGAAACCCUUUGCAUGUGUUCAAUGUGGUAAGAUGUUUAUUCAAAAAGCUAGGCUCACAAGCCAUAAACGAGUCCAUACUGGUGAGAAGCCCUUUGAGUGUGAUCAGUGUGGUAAGGCAUUUAGUGACAGAAGUUCAUUGAGAAAACACAAACGGAUCCAUACAGGUGAGAAGCCCUAUGUUUGUGAUCAAUGUGGUAAGGCAUUUUAUAAAAAAUCCAAUCUCACAGUACACAAACGUAUCCAUACAGGUGAGAAGCCCCAUCGAUGUGAUCAAUGUGGUAAGGCAUUUAAUCAUAAAUCUCAUCUUAAAACACAUAAACGCAUCCAUACGGGUAAAAAGCCCUAUCUAUGUGAUCAAUGUGGAAAGGCGUUUAAUGAAAUAUCCAAUCUCAUAACACAUAAACGAAUCCAUACAGGUGAGAAGCCCUAUGUUUGUGAUCAAUGUGGUAAGGCAUUUUAUAAAAAAUCCAAUCUCACAGUACACAAACGUAUCCAUACAGGUGAGAAGCCCCAUCGAUGUGAUCAAUGUGGUAAGGCAUUUAAUCAUAAAUCUCAUCUUAAAACACAUAAACGCAUCCAUACGGGUAAAAAGCCCUAUCUAUGUGAUCAAUGUGGAAAGGCGUUUAAUGAAAUAUCCAAUCUCAUAACACAUAAACGAAUCCAUACAGGUGAGAAACCCUUUGCAUGUGUUCAAUGUGGUAAGAUGUUUAUUCAAAAAGCUAGGCUCACACGCCAUAAACGAGUCCAUACUGGUGAGAAGCCCUUUGAGUGUGAUCAGUGUGGUAAGGCAUUUAGUGACAGAAGUUCAUUGAGAAAACACAAACGGAUCCAUACAGGUGAGAAGCCCUAUGUUUGUGAUCAAUGUGGUAAGGCAUUUAAUCGAUCUGGUGAUCUCACAAGACAUAAACGCAUCCAUACAGGUGAGAAACCCUUUGUAUGUGUUCAAUGUGGUAAAGUGUUUAGUCUAAAAGCUAGGCUUACAAGCCAUAAACGAGUCCAUACUGGUGAGAAGCCCUUUGAGUGUGAUCAGUGUGGUAAGGCAUUUAGUGACAGAAGUUCAUUGAGAAAACACAAAUGGAUCCAUACAGGUGAGAAGCCCUAUGUUUGUGAUCAAUGUGGUAAGGCAUUUAAUCGAUCUGAUGAUCUCACAAAACAUAAACGCAUCCAUACAGGUGAGAAACUCUUUGAAUGUGUUCAAUGUGGUAAAGUGUUUAGUCGAAAAGCUAGCCUCACAAGACAUAAACGAGUCCAUACUGGUGAGAAGCCCUACAUGUAUGUAUAUGAUCAAUGUGGUAAGGCAUUUAAUGAAAAAUCCAAUCUCACAGUACACAAACAAAUCCAUACUGGUUAAAAGCCCUGUGUCUGUGAUCAAUGUGGUAAGGCAUCAAAUACAAAAGCUCACUGCACAUAAACGAAUCCAUCCAUGUGAUAAACCCUAUGGCCCGAAUUCACAAAGGUGGUUUUGAAAACCCACGGUUGAAUCCAUGGUUUAUGCAGAUUUCCUGUAUAAAUUACGCUUAAUUUAGCGCGUAUCGGGCGAGUGUAUAAAAAAUGUCCUAUGCUGAUGCACGCUUUUGUCACAGUGCGCCAAAUUGACGCCUGUUACCAUGGUUAGAUACGCUAUUUUAUUCAUGAGUCCACUGUUUGAAGAGUGGACUCAUGAAUAAAAUAGCGUGGAUAACCAUGGCAACAGACGUCAAUUUGGCGCACUGACAAAAACGCGCAUCAGCAUUGGACAAUUUUUAAUAAUAUAGGGUCUUUAUAUUGUGCACAUAUCCACCUUGUUAGGUGCUCAAGGCGCUCCUAUAUUACCCAGCUAAGCUAGGCGUUCAUUGCGCACACAGCUUUUUAAGGAAUUACUUCCUACCGGUACCCAUUUACCUCACCUGGGUUGAGUGCAGCACAUUGUGGAUCAGUUUCUUGCCGAAGGAAAUUACGCCAUGGCUGGGAUUCGAACCAACGACCCUCUGUUUCAAAGUCCGAAGACUAAUCCACUGGGCCACAACGCUUAAUAUACGCGGUAAAAUAAGCGUAAUUUAUACAGGAAAUCUGCAUAACUCAUGGACUCAACCGUGGGUUUUAAAAACCACCUUUGUGAAUUCGGGCCUAUGUUUGUGAUCAAUGUGAAAGGGCAUACCCGGUAAGUCCUUUGUGGUUGAUUAAAGAAAAUAAAAACCCACACUUCAUAUUCUCUGCCGAAUUUUCAUUUCAGGGGAUUUCUUUUUCCCAAAGAGAUUUGAUUUAUGUAGAUUCAACGUACUGUCCCUUUUCAUCUUUGAAUUCAUUGCAAGCCAGGCUAUUUAAACAUUCGUCAUCUGUAAAUAUUAUUAAAGGUUGAUUUUUACUUCUUUUGACAUCUUUAUCAAACCAAUAUACCAUUUGAUGAAUAUAAAUUACAUUUAAGUACAAACAGUACAGGCCAAAAGUUUGGGGCCACCCUCAGAUUUAAAUGAUAAUCAAACAUUACACUGCAUUCUACAUAUAAGCAAAUGUAUUGAUACUGAAUGGGCCAAGACACUUCCAUUACAUCACACAAGCAUGUUUCCAAGAACCCUAGCUGGUUUUCUUUAUAUAUUCAUAUUUAAUGCAAAAUUUUAAGGUAUGGAUAAAAUUUGAAUAUAUUUAAACCAAUGGUUUUUGACAAUCUAGAAGUUUGUCCUAGAGGUGGUGACAUAGCACCAAAUAAUAUCUGCAAACUGGAUUCUAGCAGAAGGUGAUUGAAGGUUUGCAUGGUGGCAUAAACAAUCCCUGAAGUUGUUUAUAUGGUGCACAAUAUGUAAAGACCUGGAAAGGACUGAGAUAAAAGUGGAUAGAGGCAGAAGAUAAAUGGAGAGGUUAGAAAGUAGAGUAUCUUUCGGAAAUGAGUGUAGUCUUAAAGAGGACUGUAAACCAGAAAGAGUGGAAAGCUUGAGCAGUAGGCAGGAUGAGAGUCUUGAGUGGAAGGCUGGUUGAGAUGGAGGGGUGAGAGAAGAUUGAGUUGAAUAUCUGCAGAUUGACAUGAAUUAUUUGCUGCUAUGUCAGACAAGCCUCUGACAAGCUUUCAGGUUGUCAAAAAACAACCUUUGCUUUAAAUAUUCAAAUUUUAUGCUUACCUUAAAGUUACGCAUAUAAUUUGAAUAUAUUAUGAAAACAGACUGGGGUUUGACAAAGUGCGAUCAGAAACAGUUGGAAACAUGCUUGUGUGAUGUCAUGGAACUGCCAAACCAAACACAGAAUCACUGUAUUUGAAUGAAUGCAGAACGCAGUGUAUUGUAUGAUUUUCUUUAAAUCUGAGGGUGGCCCGAAAAUUGUAGCCUGUACUCUAUAGACAUUAUUGUAUCCCAUUAUGCAUACAUGUAAGAAUCCCAGCCUGUUUGAUGAGCGACUCUUCCUCGCUGAAGUUAUGUAGAAAAUGGAUUGUUUUCACUUUCUCAUACAGGACCAACAAUGACAUUUUAAAUUAUUUACUGGCAUACGAUUGAUAUGUCCUGUUUGCCAUGUAUUCCUAUAACAGGUAAAGUACACCCCAGAAAAAUGUUGAUUUGAAUAAAUAGUUAAAAAUCAAACUAGCAUAACGCUAAAAAUUUCAUCAAAAUAAGACAGACGAUGAUGUCCUUCACGCACUAAUUCUUUUGUUUUUUAUUGUUUGAAUUAAACAAUAUUUCCUAUUAUACAGAAUUGAAAUGAAGCACCAACUUGACCAAACCACAUAUAUUAAACAAUGCUAAUUCCACAAGUUCAGGGAGUAAUUAAUUGUUGUUUCACUUGACAAUGAGGAGAAAAUUAAAAUAUUACAUAUAAUGAAAUACAAAAGAGUGAGUGGAUGACAUCAGUCUCCUCAUUUGCAUAUCAUGUGCAUAUAGCUGUUCUGUGAAAUUAAGCAAAAGUUAAAAUGUUUUAAGUUUCUCAUUUUACAACUGAUUUUGAUGAAAUUUUCAGUGUUAUGCUUAUUGGAUUUUUCUCAGUCUAUUUAUUCAAAAAAAAUUGUUGGGGUGGACUUGCCCCUUAAUUUUCAGUAGUUGACAUGUUUAUUUUAUUUUUUUUGGAAGCAUGCUUUAUUAUGAAGACUAAGUGACUUGAUAGAGAUUUUACAGAAUUCAAUGUAAAUGCAUUAUUAAUGUUGAAGAAUAUCAGGAGUAAACUUAACAAAUAUAUGAGAAUGAUGGCAUAUUAAAGAGAGAACUGGUAAAAUAUUAA